UGCAAAAAUACUUCAUUUAUGAGGGUUUCUGAGAGUUACAAUAUCAGUAUUUUUGAGAAGAGACUGAUUCUGUUUAUUGUCACCAAGAAGCAGUAAUAUGUAAUUUUGUCAUCAUGCAUGUUGCUUUGUUUUAGAUCCAGUUCGAAUGUGUGGCUGUUUCUCCAAAUCUCCUUUUUUUCUUUUUAAUUAUCCGUUACCAAGUAUAGUAGCAGACUGUCACACUGAUAUAAAAAGAUGAUCAAUCCCCUGUUCUAACAUUCCUGCCAAUAUAAAUUCUCUGAACCCUGACACGACAGACAACACAGUAAUUUAAGUGCAACAUUUAGAAAGGAACUUAGCUUAAAACUAUAUUUUAAGAUUCUGGCAUUUCUGGGAGCGCAGCUGCUGCAUUUGAUAAGCGUUUAAUUGGAAAUAUUCUUUUUUUGGUUUUAUAGCCCCGGAUGAAAAUGUCGGUUGGUUUAUCUUUUUCUAUGCGACCUCUGUUGCACAAACAGUCCUAUCAUUAUUUUUGAGGAUCAUUCUUUCCCAGAGCAUGAAACCAGAAAACCAAAAGUUGUAACCUGUGAUCUCUCUCUGACGUCAGUGUUGGCUCACUGGAAAAGAGGCAAUACAUCGGGGGGUAAUUAUAUCUAAAGAAGCUGUAAAUUCUUAGUAGAUACUAAGUUCUCAUCAACAGACGGUCAUAUUCAUCUCUAGAGGUUUGUCGGCACGGAUAAAAGCGUGGGACAAAAUUUCUCCGGCUCCAGACAGUUAUGUUCACAAACAGGCCUUUUUGUUUAACUACUAUACAGUAGAAACAGUGAAGUCAAUAAAUCCAGUAUAUAGAAGAGUAUCAAAGUGGUAACCCUUUCCUUUGUAACAAACUGAGCUUUUACGUUGGAUGAAUGUGACAAAAUGUAGAAAUUAGCAUAAAACAUUAUUAUUACAUCAUAUAAGGAAAUAGUUCAUAUUUCAUAUGCUUUGUAAAUUAUUAUUUUAAUUAAUUCUUCUUAUUAUUAUUAAUUAUUAUUAUUUUUGUUUGCCAAAAAGUAAUUUCCAGACUAAGAAAUACAGCAUGUUAUCUUAGUAAUUAAUUACAUUAUUUAUAUUGUAUUGUGUUAUGAGGUCUAAUUCCCUGUUAAGCAAUUCUUAUAAAAUUAGGAAAAGUCAUUUUUAAGAAGUUGAUAAAACAAUGUUAAAGAUCCCCCCAAAAUGUUUUAACACAUAUAAAAUACUCUGCUUUGAAUAAUAAUUUGUCUAUUAUGUUUUUUUCCCACAAGAAAUGUCAGUUAUCUAGUUAAAAAUUCUUCUUCUUAUAAAGGUUUUCACAUCACACUAUAGGUUGCAUACUGGACCACGAUUGGCUCCAAACUAGUUGUGAUGUCACAAAUCCAGCUUGUACGUACACGUGUUAAACUCCGAUUUAAAGUGAGCACAGAGAAACUUUCCCCCUUCAGCAGAUGAAUGUGAAAACAGACUUCUAGUGUCAAACUCUGCACAGUGAAGCUCAAACAUCCCACUGAAGUAUGUUUUUGUUGAGUUGUUAAAGAGGGCUCGGGGUCUCCAGGACCCCAAACAUGACCAUUCACCUAGUGACUAAUCAUGUUGAGAGGAAUGUUUGUAGCUGUUUUAAUUUAUUUUUUUAAUUUUAUUUUUUAAUUUAGUUUCUGUAGUUGAUCUUAGUUUGGUCUGAUUAGUCUUGUACACCUGCGUUAAAUGUAAACCCAACAAUAGAAAGAAUGUACAUCUUCUUCCAGCCUCGUGCUUCUUUUCAAACAGCUCACCUCAUGAUUUAUUUCCCCACCUGCCUCCACUGUUUAACUUUAGAUUAGAUCGCCGACAGUCAGCCUUUCUAAGCCCCCCUCACUCAAUAUCUGUACAAAAUAUCAAAAUAUGCCAGAGCAGGUUUAGACAGUGAUAAUAACUAAUAAUAUCUGUCAGUGUUGAAGCCAGGGGCAGAGAGCGAGACGGUCCACACGAACCAAAGCCAACAGUCCAUUAGCGCAGAAUGCUAACAGUCGGCUAGACUCGACUGGGAAAUGUCAGAACAUUGUCAAAGUCAAUGUGGAGACGACCAGAGGCGGUUGACCCAGAGCAAGAAGCUCCUAAUUCCCAGUCUUCUGUGUGUGUGUGUGUGUGUGUGUCAAAGGUAAACACAGUUCAAAGAAAACAUUAGAAGCCAAAUGAAGAUAAGCGAUAAACGUGUUUUCGAUUAAUGUCGAGAUGUAUGUUUGGAGUUUUGGCAGAGCGUAAUCGUUUGUGAGGCCACUGGCAGGCCGGCCUGGAGUGUGUCAGUCCCUUCCUGGUUAUUAUGACAAAGUCUCUACAAUGUGAACACUUAUUUAAUGCCACUCAUACCCUGCUAAAACAAAGAGAGAAACAGGGAAAUGUGCCAACUUAAAGCUGUUCUGUUCCUCAAUGCUCUAAUCUACAUUUACACUUUUAUAUGCAUGUGUUUGCCCGUUUGUCUCUGCAUUUUUUGUGCUUAAAAGUCUUCAAAUGUGUAAUAGGAGAAGGAAAUUGACCCACAAUUCUCUGCUGCUGAACAUUGAAGACACAGGAGAACCAGAGAGAAAGCAGAGCAGGGAUACAGAAGAAAGAAGAGACGAAGAUUUCUACGUCAUCUGAUUUGUGGAGCUUUACCAUGGGAUGAGCUCCUGACAUCAGUGACUUAAGUAGCUCUCUAAAGGAACAUCCUGUUUAUGGCCAGCUGUGCCCCAGUGUAUCCUGACUGAGAGCCCGACCAGAUCCUGACCCCUGAGCUCUGACUCUCUAAUCCUGGGGGGGCAAAGGGGGUCGACGGGAAGAAAAUGCGGUGUACCACCCUCUUGGCCCUGCUGGCGGGGGUCAUACUGUACCUGGUGAUGGGAGCGCUUGUUUUCGGAACCCUGGAGGCCCCCAAGGAGAGAUCGGCGUUCGACGACCUGCGUGCUACCAAGAUCAACUUCCUUGAUAAUAAUUCCUGUGUCACCAAGCAGGACUUCCACAAGCUUGUGAAGGUAGUGGUGUCUGCAGUGGAGGCAGGUCUGGAUGUGAACAACCUUUCUGCCAACUUCACCACCCGCUGGGACCCUGCCUCCGCCUUCUUCUUCUGUGGCACCAUCAUUACCACCAUAGGUUUUGGGAACCUGUCUCCUCGGACGUGGUACGGCCAGUUGUUCUGCGUGUGCUACGCCCUGGUGGGCAUCCCCAUGUUUGGCAUACUUCUCGCUGGAGUCAGUGACCAUAUGGGCACAGUGCUGCGGAGAGCUGUGGCGAAGAUUGAGACCCUCUUCCUGAAGCGUAAGGUCAGGCCGACCACUGUGCGUGUGAUCUCAGCGGUCCUCUCCAUCCUGAUCGGUUGUCUGAUCUUCCUCGCCGUGCCAACAGUCGUGUUUCAGAAAGUGGAGGACUGGUCCUUUCUGGAGUCACUCUACUUUGUGGUCAUCACUCUCACCACUGUUGGCUUUGGAGACUACGUACCAGGUGGUGGUCGUGGGGGCGGCUGGUUCUUCAAGCCUCUGGUGUGGUUGUGGAUAGUGUUUGGGCUCGCCUACUUUGCCUCCAUCCUCACCAUGAUAGGCAACUGGCUGAGGGUGCUGUCUAAGAGGACCCGUGCCGAGAUGGAGGAGCUGAGGGCCCAUGCUACAGACUGGACCCAGAACAUCCAGAACAUGUCCAUGGACUUCCGCAUCCCAAACCCUCUUGAGUUCAACGACCCUUUUCUCCUGCAGCGCCGGCGCUGGAAACGCAGCGAGCGUCGCCGCAUCCGCCGGGGAGGCGAGUGCACUCUGGGACACUUGUCCCGAGGAGGAUCUGAGAAUGGACACCUGCCGAACCGCUGGGGCGGCCUCUCCAGCUCCAUGAGCCAGCUGAAUGCCCAUUCAUCUAUUGAGAGGGCUUUGGUGGCCAAGUCCAGGCCACGGGUCAGUGUCGCUGGAGGGGGAGCAGUCCCGAGAGCGGCGCCCGCAUUGAGGGUUAACCCCGCUGUGGGUCUGCAGGUGGAGGGCAGGUUGGUUCCUCACCUGCUGGCUCGCUCAUUCUCCCUUCCUGUGGCCCGCUCUACCUUAGGGCUGGACUCAGCAGGUGCAGCCAUGCAGGGAGAAUACCUCUCUGGAUCGGCGUCUUCUUUUGACUCCAGAUCAGACGUCUCCUCGCUCUCCUCGUCCUCCUGCAAGUUCCAGCCCUGCCGUACAGUCAGCAGCAUGGAGGAGGGAGGAGCGAGAGUUGCAAACAUGAACACAGUACAAGAGAAAGACAAAUUGAUUCCAGCUACCAAAUGUGUAAAUGCAGACAACAAUAAACACAGACGCGCAACUGCACCUGGUUUGCACCCUCGCUUCUCCUCUCGUCCUCCUUCUCACAACCCAAUCCUCCUUCCCUCCCCUCCCCUCCACGCCGCCUCCUCACCCAGCUGCCAGCUGCUGGAUUUCUUCGGAGAGAACCUGGCGUACAUCGACGAGUCCUCAGACACUUUGAGCGACCGCGCCCAGCCAGGAGCAAGGGAGGAGAAGAGGAGACGGCCACGAAAGCCCAAGAGGAGGAGCAUGAGGAGGCAGCUGUCACACAGUUGGAGCCCCAAGCUGGUGAGGAGGCCCAACAGUGACAUGCAGCCGCCGUCAAAUCCCCCCACACCACCUCCAGACUCCUCUCUUUCAGACGUGCCCCAGUCAGAGAACCAGACAGGUUCAGCUACGACACUCUGACAGCCACUCUGACAGCCACCACGCUUACAACAUGGUGCCACACAAUAGUCAUAAAGCUGUGGGUUUAUAGCAGACUUGAACAACCAGUAUAUACCACAUUCAAAUCUCACCAUCAUAAAUAUACUGGAGCUGAUGUUCCAGGAUAUCUUUAGUAUUUAUGGUUAGCCUCACAAAGUCAGCCCACAAGUUUUGCUUUGUUACUUUGUGAUCUGAAGAGGUCAAAACUCCAGCAUCACAAAAACAAACACAAAACUCCAGUAUCUAGAACAACUAUGUAUAUCUGACAAAGCUCAAUGCAUGCUAAGACAUGAACCUAUCGUACUCCACACUGCACAACUGCAUCAUUCACCGAUCUUUGCUUCAGAGAACAGUAAACAAGACCAAGACUCUACAGCCAUGCAAGCGGCUCUGUGAGACUUAACUGAGGCGAUUUUAAUCAUCUGAAUCUGUGACUUAUUUAUUUCAACCAAUCGUCUGAGCUCGAUUGUGCUACAUACACUCAUUAAUCAAGCGAAUCCCAGAGAGCUCUGAUAAGCUUCCAUGUGCUUGCGGUCUCAACGGGCACUUGAACACUGAGGCAAUUGUCAGAAAUACGUCACACAAGUGGGGCUGUUGGGACGGACCUUUCAGUUUAUUCUGAAGGGGGGACGUGAAUGUAUGUAUGUACAACAUUUCAUGGCAAUCCAAUCAACAGUAGUGGAGACAUUUCACGCCAAACAACAAAUGUCUUCCUCUUGGUGGUGCUAGAGGAAGUCAGGAGAUCACCAAAAUUGCCAAGUUGCGCUUAAAUUUUUCCUAAAAAAAAAUGAUUAAUUAAAAAUGAUAAUGUACAGCGAGCCGGUCAUUGUUGUGGAAUAAACCCCGACAGGGCGAUGCGGCACCCAGAAGGGUUUAUUUCACAACAAUGAUCCGCUAG